UCUGUCAUCGCUAGUAUUCGGGUUGCAAAAAAGACGUAUUCAUGAAAAAAUGGAAUUAGCCAAUAAACUACAGGAAGUCGGAUGGCACCUGACGGAGGAGGGCCUUAAAGUCCUGACAACAGCCGUUGGCAGCGAGGAUCCCCGAAAAAUUGUGGAUGAAGCACUGAAUCGGGAUAUUCGUGAUAUAGGUGGUGGCGCACUGCCCACGAAACGCGAAGACGCCACUUUGCCCGGAAAAAUUGUUCUGCAGGUGCAGAGAGUGAGGAAUAUAUCCGCUCCCAAAGCAAACGAAGAAUCGAAGGCAGCGCCACGCCUACUACAACUCGAUCUGAGCGAUGGACAGAAUUCCAUACAGGCCCUGGAGUUGGAACCCGUGCCCCAGCUGAAUCUCAAUGUAGCACCAGGGAGUAAGAUCUUUUUCAAGGCCGAGAAACUUCAGUUGAUGCAGGGAUUCAUGCUGCUGAGAUCCAGUGAGAUUCAGCUCCUGGGAGGACGUGUGGAUGCCCUCUAUGAGAAGUGGGACCUUGCCAGGACCAUGUUAAGGUAUGCCCGUAGUGGUCGUCCCCUAAGCGGCACCUCGGCGCCUCCGCCUUGGGUGGCAUUUGGCCGGAGAAUCGAUACCACCGCCGAGAGGGAGAGGAAUUUCAAGAGCCUGGGCUCCUCGGGCGAUAAAGAUAAGCCGGUGAAGGAGAACGACGAGUUCAAUGCCAUGCGCACUGAGGCCAUUGCCGUGGCUACCAAGGCGGGCGUCAAAAAGGUAUUUGGAGGCGGUGGGCAGAACAUCGUCGAUCACAACAUAAAGAAGAUCCUGGACAAGGGCUUCAGCGAGGAGGAGGCCCGCAGUGCCUUGCAUGCCACCCGAAACAAUCUAGAGCGUGCUCUUUUCAACCUAAAACGACGCAAGGAAACAGGAGGCUUGGAUCCCAUCGAAACAAUGGGUCGUCCGGGACGUGGAGAUCGACCGCCCAGAGAGGGAAAGCGUGGUGCUAGCGCCAAGGACGAAGCCGAGGCUGCCAAGCCAGCUGCCAACGCCACCCUGUUUGAUUUUCUUACUACAAAGCUGCCAGCCACGGAGACACCUACUCCCAGCAUCGCAGAGGCCUUUGCCGCUGCUCCUACUGCCCCACCCACUGCCAAUCACUUUAAUCCUUUUAAGCAAUAUGGAAACUCGAGGUUCAGCGAGCCGGAUAGCCGAUCUUCAGCUCUGGGCGGAGGAGGAAAGUUCGGUGAUCGGUCAAGGUUUGAGAACAAUGUAUCGAGCAGCUUUGCCGCGCAUCGCGGUGGGCAUGCUGGUUCUUCAAGAGGCGGUGGACGUAAUCGAGGAGGAGGCAGGGAUGAGAGGCCGUCGAGGGACGAAAGACCACCGAGGGAAGAAAGGCCACCGAAGGAAGAACGGCCGUCCAGGGAGGAGAGACCACCCAGGGAAGAAAGACCACCCAGGGAGCGCGGUGGAGGCUUUAACGAACGUGGAACUGGACGAAACAAACCGGAGGCCACGACCGUAAAAACCUCCAACCGCAAUGGUCCUGACAACCCGCCGGCCAAGACCAAUCCCGAGGUUAAAACAGAACAAGAAACAACCAAUGGUAAGGAACAUACCGGCAGUCGGCGCGGUAGUGAUCGAGGUAGCAAUCGUGGAGGCUCAAACAGGGGCGAGAAUGGCAACGCUAAUGGCAACAGGCGUAAACAGGCAGUCAGCUCUGGAUCGAAUUCAGGGAUUGCAACAGCCAAACUCUCGAACAACUCAGGAGAGGAUUUCAAUGCACGUUUAAGCAAGGUAACCGAAGAGACGGCUGAUCUCAAGGUGAGCAGUGCUCCCAAGCGAGAAAAUCGACGCAAACAGGGUCAAGGACAAUCCAAUCGCCAGGCGGGAACAGGAACAGAAACCCAGCAGCAGCAAUCCGCACAGUUGCCUUCGCAGAAGCCAGAAAGGGCUCAAUCCAACCAUCACAAUCCCCGGCAUCAUUCGCAUGCAAACUACAGUCAAUUGGCGAACGGCUAUACGUACGAUCCCAGCAAGAUCAUGGGUUUCCAGAGCAAGGAGGCAAACGAGUUUGCCAUGAGCCUUCUAAAGAGCCAAGGAGUGACGAUUCCCAAUCAACAGAAGCAGCAGGAAUUGCCACCGACGUCUUUUGCUCCCGGCCCAGCCACACUUCAUGGAAAUCCCCAUGCUAAUCAGACUGCUCCUGUUGCUGUGCCACACGCUGCACCAAGGGAGCAUUUCGGGAUGACGCCUGGAGACGCUUGGAUGUGGCAGAAGGGCGACUUGUGCAUGGCCAAGUACUGGGACGAUGGAAGGUAUUAUGAGGCUGAGAUUACGGGAGUGUCGGAGAAAACUUGCGUGGUCUUCUUUAUGGGCUAUGGCAACCACGAGGAAGUGCUCAAGGUGGACAUUCUACCUAUUACGGAUGCACAAAACAGGCCACUAAGCAAUGCCCCCCCAAUGCUACAUCAACAGCAACAACAUCAGCAGCAGCAGCACUCACGCUACCGCGGAGAUCGUCAGGCGCAACAGCAGCAAGUCUAUGUACCGCCACACAAACGAGAGCAUUGAGACAUCCUGUUUACAACGUAUUUAAAUCAAUUGAACUGUUUCGAAUAAACAACUUUACAGUGUAUUCAAACUUCAAA